GGCCGGCCGAGACCAUAUAUAUACUUGUGCUCUAGUUACUGUGUAGGUCUACUUUGUUCGUGGAUGCCAGGAUAUUGCAUGUCCAGAGUGACCGCAUCCAAAUAAAUACCUACUAGCUGUGGUGGUUCUGGCUCUGGAUUGUGUUGGGUGGGGCCGCCUCUGCCGCAACCAAGCGCAGAGCUGGAACCAACCUGGUCCUCUUCCACCUUCUGUUGUGCCUGCAUUCCCAAACAUGCUCACUGACGUUGAGCUUUUUCUCCCAUGAUUAAAACUCGCAACACCACAGAAAUGAUCUAGUCCAGCCGGCUACGCUCAAAGUGAACGAAUUGUGCCCUGUCCCACGCUCAAUGCCUCCAGGCCGGUCCUCAUAUCCACCAUGGGGCAAGCGCUAUCGAAUGAGGAUUCCGCUCCUCGCUCCCACGACGAGCUAACAAAGGAACUGGCCAACAAGUUUGCGGAAAAGUGUUUUACCCCUCUUGAGCUGUAUUCUCUCAAGGAUGUCUUCAACAGCCUCGCCGACCGUGAACACGAGGUCCGCUACCUAAAAGAGGGCACCAUCGCACGAUAUCUCGAGGUUCCCGAUGCCCUCGACGUGAUCCCUGUGCUUUUUCAGAUGGUGUCCUACCUCGGCGCGUUCCCCUUCCUCCAGGAAGCCCCUGCUGUCCUGGGCCUGGAACAGAUGGUUAUGGUCGUCACGAUUCUAACAGAGAGAUAUCGGAGGGUCCUAACCAACGGUGCUGCAAACCGGAGGAAACUGCUAUUCAGAAGCCUGGCAGUCUAUGACCGCAAGCUCUCCGAGUCGCAACCGGAUGAACGCGCCAAGUCAAGCGUGGAGACUGAUCGGUCCGGAACUAGUCGGCAUGGGAACGGAGCUCCUAUUGCGGCAUCGCCCUCGGGUUUUGCCAUUGAUGAGCCUGGGGAUGAUGAGGACCCGGGGCUCGACGACGAUGAUGAGUUGGUCCUUGCGGCGUUCGACUCGUUGGACUACAUCAGCGCGUUAAAGCAAGGGGGGCUUCCUGUCACCCACGGCGCCAUGAUACCGGCGGAUAACUUUCGAAAACUUAUCAUGCUUCUCCUCUUAGUAGCACCUCUAGGCCCACAGGAGAGUCUAUCGUCGUACUCGACUCGGCUAUCCGGUGACGAACUGGAAAACCUACGAAAAACAGCAGGCUGCGUGUUUGCGGCCUUUGGCAACAGUGAGCAGGUGCCCGGCAUCAAGUUUCUACGUUUCAACACAAUCGUUCCAGCAUCUAUGCCGUUUAUAUUCGACGGUCUCAAUGCCCUAUUCGAGCACUUCUUGUUUUCCAAGAACCUGGACUUCCACCGUCGUGUCGGCGGCCAGGACCAGCCCGCCAACCCACCACAGGAGCCGGUCCAACCAUUACUGGAAAACACCGGGUCAAUCAUGAACCUGAACGUUCUAUCUCAGAUCUCCUUUUUUAUCCCAGGCUCGUCGCUAUUUCGCAGGCUCCGUCUCUUGUACUCUGGCGAUGAAGACGGUUUUAGCAUGGGGAGUUUCGAAUCGAAGGUCUUUAACUGGAGAGCGCCAACCAUCCUGCUCGUGAGCGGGACCCGCCUUCCGGACGAGGCGCUCCAUGAACACUCGGGGCCUGCUUCAGCGUUCCUUUCGACCCUGCCCUCACAACGUUUUCCGCCCGGAAACAAGUCUGGAGGUAAACACCAGAGGUUGACGUUUGGAGUGUACUUGGACCAGACCUGGAAACAUACACAUCGAGAGUGCUUCGGCAGCGAAGAUAGCAUUAUGUUUCAACUUGAGCCGGUCCAUGACGUAUUCCGCGCGUCCACGAUGAACAAGGACUACGCAUCAUUCACAAAACCAUCAGGCUCCGCGCCAUUGGGCGGGAUAUCAUUCGGCUGUCCGCCGCCACAACCCACCCAGGCAUACCGUCGUUCCAACAUUAUGUCACUGGGACCAGUCUCGCUCGCGCUUGAGGAUAGCUUUGAGUUCGGAUGUUUCACACACAACUACACAUCGCAAGGUGGGGCGUUCCAGACGAGUGUGGCGAGGAAGUUCGAUUUCCAAGAGCGCUUCGAGAUCUCGAGCAUUGAAGUAUGGGGCUGCGGCGGAGACGAAGAGGCCAAGCACCAGGCCGAGCGUUGGGCGUGGGAGGCCAGGGAAGCGGAGGCGAGGAGGAAGAUUAAUCUCGGCACCGGUGACAUCGAGGCUGAUCGGGCCUUAUUGGAGAUGGCUGGGCUGGUCGGGGCAAAUAGGAGCGGGGGCAGCAUGGCCUAAAUGGAGCAAUCAUGCGCGGUGGCAAGUACGUCGGGGUCCGAGAGCGUCCAAGGG